GCACACACACAUCAUUUACGUGGGCGUUCAAGUAUUGUCAUUCAAAUCAUCUGUUUCGUGAAUCGUUGUAUAUUUUUGUAUAUAAACUUAAUUUAUUCCCAAUUUAUUUAUCGAAAAGCGUUAUGAUAGUUUGAGGCUGUUGUUUGAGUGUAUCAAAUAGUGAUGUUUGUUUAAUUUUGUUUUAUAUUCGCGUGACGUCAUUGUUUUCGACUGCCAGUAGUAACGACGCAGUUGCAUUUUUGUAGUUAAAAUGGAGUUAAAAUGAGGAUUUUUCUCGUAAACAAGCUGACAACAAGUGAAUAUGUCGGCGGAGUCCCCGCGCCACGUGCGCUCGGGCGGGCCGCUCACGGUGCCGUCGCAGCCGCCGAGCGACCGCAGCAUCAUCGACGCGGUGUCCGGCUUCAUCAAUGACGUCACACUCUCCUCCUCGUCCUCCGUUGACCCCAAGGAUGUUAUACAAUGGGCGAGGUUCGAAACAGCCGACAUCAACGAGCCCACGCCGGAAGGGGACAGUGACAACGACAUAUCCCCGCUCCUGCUCAUCCUCGGCUACGGCGCGGGGGUGCAGGUGUGGCUGGUGCCGCCCAGCGGGGAGGCGCAGGAGGUGCUCUCCUGGCGCCAGGGCACAGUGAGGGUGCUCCGUAUACUGCCCACUCCGCAGCGCGGCGACUGCUUUGCAUCGAAGAGGCCCCUCAUCGCCCUGUGCGACUCCGCCAGCCCAGGACCUACGUUUUGCGCUCUCAGUUUUAUUUCCAUCAGGGGAGGAGAACAGGUGAAGAGCAUAAAAUUCAAGAACCCCAUACUGGACGUUUUGGCGAACAAACGUUCGGUGGUGGUGGCGUUUUCGGAACGAUUCGCCGUGUUCGACGCGGCCACGCUCGAGGACCGCAUGACUGUUACCACGUGCUAUCCGUGCCCGUGCCCGCUUGGGGGCAGCAAUCCCGUCAACCCGCUGUCUCUGGGCGAUCGCUGGCUAGCCUACGCUGAUAAGAAACUCAACCAGUCCAAGCGAAGCAGCGGGGGAUGCGAAGGCGAAGGCGUAACCAGCUACACGGCCACGGUGCUGCACGCGGCAAAGUCAUUGAGCAAAGGGCUCCGCGGGCUCGGCGAGAGCGUGGCCCACAGCCUGGCCGGGGGGCGCAGCACCUCGCAGUCCCCAUCGCCACCUAACACAGACACGCAGCAGCCCGGCGUCGUCACCAUACUGGACAUCGAGGGCAUAGAAGAAGAAGAAGGCCAAGACGCCGAGGAGCCAAGCGACCCGAUCGUGGCUCACUUCAUAGCGCACUCGGAAGCGAUCAUCGCGCUGAAGUUUGACUCGAGUGGGAUGUUGCUAGUGACGGCAGAUCGACGCGGACACGACUUCCACGUGUUCAGAAUCAACCCCCACCCGUGUGGACCCAGCUUAGCCUCGGUGCAUCACCUGUACAUACUGCAUAGGGGAGACACCACGGCCAAAGUGCAGGACAUAGCAAUAUCGUCAGACUCUCGCUGGACGGCGAUCUCGACUCUACGCGGCACUACCCACGUGUUUGCCAUCAGUCCAUACGGUGGCGCGUGCGGUGUGCGCACACACACGCAGCCACGUGUGGUCAACAGACUGUCGAGGUUCCACCGCUCGGCGGGGCUGCCCAUAGUGCCGGUCCACGCACAGUCGCCGCCGGCCAGGCCUUCUGGGAGCCCGGUGGGCGACGGCUUGACCCAUGGCGCGUGGUUCCCCAACCCGCGGCUGCCGCCGUACCCGCAGCCCACCACGGCGGCGCCGCUCGCGCAGCUGCGGCCCACCGCCAACCUGCCCACGCACACCAUAACCAGGACCAGCUCAGGUCGGCAGCGGCUAUCAUCCCUAUCAGAGGACAGCAACAGCGCACCUUUGUUGGCUCGUGCCCGCUUCGGGCUCGGCUCGGGCGCGCCGUCCGCCACGCCGCUGUACCUCGUCACCGCCAGCGGCACGCUGCUGCACCUGCUGCUGCACCCGCGGCCCGUGGCCAGUGUGCCAAAAGAGAAGAUCUGCGACGAGUCGCCCAUCGAGGUGACGGUGGAGCCGGUGUCGCAGUGGGCGCUGCAGCGGCCGCCUGCUGCUCCUGAUCUUUUGGCGCCGCUGCCGCCUGCCAAUCCUUUGCUGAGGCACCUCCACCUGGCUAAAUGCGGCGACGUAUGCAUGAGCGAGGAAGAGCGCUGGCUGUCGCAAGUGGAAAUCGUGACGCACGCCGGCCCGCACCGCCGGCUGUGGAUGGGCCCGCAGUUCGUCUUCAAGACCUACAACUGCACCGGGUCCAACUCGUCGCUCUCUGAAGCGGAGACGGUGGAGGUGGAGACGACGGCGCCGCGCGGCGUGGCGCGCUCCAACCCCGUCAAUAUGCCUGGAGUGCGUCCCAUCGUGCCGGUGCUCAUCGACUCCGGCUCUGCUAGUUCAGUAGAACACUCCCCAUCGGACGGGUUCCGUCGCAAGUCGCUGCUGGCGGACGCGGGCCGAGCACCCUCCUUGUGUGACGUGCAACUUAAGGAGGACCUCGCUGAAGCCAUGAAGGAGGAUCACGGCUGGCUGACCGCCCGGCCGGAGGAGGCGCGGGGCGGGACGGGCGGGGGAGGAGGCGUGGCGCGCGCCGUGGACCCGCUCGGGACCGUGGUGCGAGCGCCCGAGCCGCCCGCCGUCCGCGCGCCGUCCGAUCCCGAUGCGCACACGCGGGCCAACCGCGACGAGGCCACGUUCCGGCCGGUGGUGCGCGCGCCCGCCGCGCUGCCGCCGCCCGCGCUGCUGCUGCGCCCGCUGCCGCUGCCGGUCACCACCACCAUCCCGGUGGAGCCGCUCGCGCAGCCGCCCGAGCCGCGCGCCCAGCCCGCUCGUGACCUGCUGGCCCGCGUCGUCAUCCCCGCCGCGCUCAGCGACCCGCUGCCCCCCGAAGGGGACGACCUCAGUUUUAAGCUCAGCGAUCUCAGCUCGGACGACUGCCCGCCGCUCGACGACUGCCCCGGACGAGAGAUCGCCCCGGAACCUCUUCAGGUUCAGCCCGCACGCAGCGCCACCCCCUCGAAAGUCAUCGCGGAAUCGCCGCCGGUCCAGACCGCUCGACGUAGUCUGACCCCUUCGAGAGUCGUCUCGGAACAGCCCACGAUCCAGGCCGACGCUCGACGCAGCCCCACUCCCUUGAAGGUAGUCCAGGAACCCCCGUCGGUCCAAACGGAACAUCAGAGUAGCCCUCCUCCUCCGGAAGUCAUCCUGAAACCCCCCUCGGUCCAGGCCGAUCGUCGACGUAGCCCGCCCUCCGCGGAGGUCGUCCCGGAAACUCCCCCGGUCCAGACCAAUCGACGACGCCGAGAACCUAGAAUCGCCCCGAUCUGGCGCGACGAGGAGAUCAAGACCGAGGACCAGGCCUGGGACAUGCUCCUGACGGAACCCGAGAAACCGCCCCCUCCCCCCGUCGUUGAAUCCUCGCCGGUGGAAAAGAUUCCCGAAGACCCGAAGCCGAAGUCGAAAAGAAACCGUAAAGGCAAAAAAGCACAGGAUGAGGUCCAGACAAAGGCUGAGGAGGACAGUUUUGUGGAAAUACACGCGAUCGAGGAGAAACCUCAGCCCUCCAGCGGAGACUUGGUGUCCAUUUCGUCUCCGUUUGAGGACGUGGAGCCGUGUGGUUCCUACGUUGCCAAAAGUAAGAAAACACGCGCCUCCAAAAGUUUGACGCCCGAUAAAACUGCGGUCGAGCCCCAGAAAAAUGUAGCCGAAGCAAAAAUUCAGGACGAGUUCGAUCAGGACUUCGGUGUGUCUAAAAGCUUCAGUAAAAUUGAGAGUAACCUGUGCGAGAUGGAGUCGUGGGCCCAGUUGACGAUGAAGCAGAAACCGUUGGAUGUCAUUAAAGAAAAAUCUAAAUCCAACACUAUUGUCGUCACGCGUUCCGAGGAGGCGGAAGAUGAAUGUUUUAGUAAGUGUAAGGAAUCACCCAAAUCGAGGAAAAGCAAAUCCUUGUCGCCUUAUCUAGAGUGCCGUAAGUCGAACGAAAAGGUUUCGGAGACGGAUGUGAAAGACGUAUACGUUAUCGACUCCACUAAAGAAGAGUUCCCCGAUAUUCAGAUAACCAGAGGUACAAAGUCGCGUAAGAAGUCUCCCCAACCUAUUGAAACGAAGACCGAGGAAAAACCUAUCUUCGUGGAAAAACCUGCUGCAGUCGUCGAGAAACCUAUUAAAUCGUGGAGCUCCAUAGCCGCUUCCAAAAGUACUAAGAAGUCUGACGACUUCGAAUUGAGAGCUGAACUUGAGGAUGCGAAAAUUGAAAAGACUAAUGUAGAUGAUAAAAAAUUAGAGAGAGAUGAUAAGUUGAGCGAAUUUAGUGAUAUUGUGUGUAUGAGAGGUGACAAAGAGUCUUCCAAAGAGGUGUCAUUGCACGAGAAGUUGUACGAGUUGUGUAAGAGGACGGACAUCAUGGUGGCCGAGUGCGACACUCCGGCCGAGCUGAACUUCGUGGAGGAGCACCACGCCGUGCUCCACGACCUGCCGCCGCUGGAGCCGUUGGACUUCGCCCUCGACGACUUCAAGCUUGAAGUCAUGCGCGACAGCCUGCUAGAAGUCAACGAAGCCAAGCUCACCAGCCCGAUCUGCAAAAUCAACAUCGAUGACAUACUUUCGUCGAUCAAAGAGACCACCAGCAAGGUGAUCGAAUCCAGCACCUUCAACCUGAUAGACCUAGAAAAGGUUCCAGCGAGGAAGGAGAAAGGGUUCAGUGUGAUCGAGGGUCAUAAAAUAACGAGCCAAGAGAUCAAGAUCGACGAUGAGCUCAAAGCGGAUGACAGGGAGGCAGAGAUGAUGGAGAAGUCCUCGGACGAUGACAACACGUCCCCCGUGGUGUCCACUGACAGCGACAAGGAAGACAAGAAGAUGAGUGCGUCUAAUAAAACUACACUGCCAUCGACUAAGAAAGUAGCUAAAGCUAAGAAUUCGCGCCGAAAGAAGAAGUAAUUAAUAUCGGAAAAAUGUGUUCAAAAAUAAUUUUACUUAUUAAAUGUUUCAUAUGUUGCUAUGUUAUUCGAAACGAUCGUGAUUAGCUAUAAAAUAUUUGCUGCUAUUAUUAUUAUUAUUUAGUUAGUACUGCAAUUAUAAAUUGAAAUGCACAUGUAAAAGACAAAAAAAAAUUAAAUAAGUUGGAUUGUGAAAGAUUUGUUGCUUUGAGCCUAAAUUCGUGAGGUGAAAUAUUAACAAGUCUUUUUAAUACUUCAAAUUUUGAAAAGUUAGUGGUAUUAAUUCUGUCUUAGAGAAAAAAAAACAUAAAAAUAUAAAAACUUAGUAAAAUAAUAAAAAUAAUUUCGGUUUACAUAUUUUGUGAUGAUAUUGAAUAAAAGGUACAAAAAUAUUCGUACAUAUUGUAAAAAAAAGAAAAAGUCGAAGUACCAUCACAAAAUAUGUGAGGCUUUCGUUCAUCAGUGCUCUAUAGUACUUAUCUUUAUUUAGUUACAAUUCGUAUUUAGUUUAGUAGUAACACUACGGCCAACCAUACGCACUUUAGUUUUGCGACGCAGCUUCCUGGCCAGUAAUAUUAUAAUCUAUCAAUACCUCAAGCGUUAUGUAAGCUAAGUUAUAGACAAUAUUACUGUGGCAAUAGAAUCUCCUAAUAUAGGUUAUAAUUUAAUUAAUAAUUAAAAUCAUAGCUUCAAUUUCUAAUUUAAUUUCUAAUGAAACAUCAUUUGACUAGAUGUUUUCUCUCUUUCAUAGUUUCUUAAUUAAUUAAUUAGCAAUAAAAUCAAAAAACUAACCACUGACUUUGAAAAUAGCUUUGAAGUCUCAUACAAAUGAGAAAUAACUUUGUAUUCGGUGAGCAAUGAUGAGCAUUUUAUCAGAAACUGAAUUUGAUGUAACUACAAUGUUACAAGGUAAAAAAAAUCAUUCAAGGGAAUUCUUUCGCGUAUCCAUUAGUGCUGUUUUAAAAUGCUCGACAAUGCAAGGGAAAGUUGCAACAUUAAAAAAAAACAUUGACGUAGGAAACAAUUUGGUUUACAAUUAAUUUGGCAAAUAUUUUACUAUAAGUUAAAAUAUAUUUUAUCACCGGUUAAUGUAUUAUAUGUACAAUACUCACAUUGACAGCGAUUUAAUUUAUUAAGCUUAUAUCGCAACGCAUUGGCUUGGCGUUGCAUUUGCCUUCACGUGACCCCCCUGCAAUCACUCCAUAAAUAUGAUUGAAAAUUUCCAAUAACAUCUUAUUUCUAUUGACCUUAAAAGAAAGAAAAUGAUAACACACUGGUAGUUUGUACAUUACGUUGCAUUCGAAAUAUUUCUCGGCAAUUUUUCCGAUAUUACUUAAAAUCUUAACGAAUUCCACAAAAACCGUUAUGAGGUUAAAGAUGACUCCCUAAAAUGCUGUUCAUAACUUCAGUAUUAUGUUAUUUUAAUAGUUAAAUAUUGGUGAAUGCUGAAUUCGACAUAGUCGCCGGUAUGUAAUACCUUCUUUGAUCCUCGGCUGUCGUAUGUACAAAUAACAACUAUGUAAUGUUAUUAACAAGUAUUAUUUUAAGUGGUAUGAAUUAUAAUAAUUAUUUUAGUUGUAAUUGUGUUGAAUCAUGACAAAUCUUUAUUUUUUCUAUGUAAUUUACAAUAUGUACUUCAAGUUUAUUCACAAUAAACUGUGUAGGAAAAUGGUUACGUUGGUGCAUAAUAUUUAUUAACUUUUUAUUUUGGUGAUAAUUAGGUAGUUUAUUUAUUGAGUAUAAAACAUACAUUGUAUGUAAGUACAUACAUUUUAUACUAAGACAAAUAAUAAUUUAUUAUUAUAUUCGAAGAAGUUGUUAACCUCGAACCAGAUUCGGCUUUAUUAUUAUUAUUUUUGGGACUAUAAUUGUUUGGGCUUAAUUUUUUAAUUGUUAUAUGUAUUUCCACUAUACAAAGCUACUGAAGUCGCUGAAGUAUUUUAAAAAGCAAUAUGAAUUUAAUGAGGUUUUCGUAUAAUUUUUGCAAAUGUAUUGAUAAUUUACUCGACAAAACUGUACAGUAACCCUCCGGGUUUUGUUCGUCAACGGACAUUUUAAGUGAUUGUCUUAUUAACUUAAGUAUACACGAUCGACAAUGCCCCAUAACAUUUGUUUCAUGUUCAUAAAAUUGUUAAGUGCCUACUCAUAUCGAGAUCAAGUAAAAAGUAUAAGUGCAUUACAAAAAACACACUGUCAUUACAAUUAAUAAUCGUCAAAUAAUAAUAACUCAUAUCAUAAAUUAGAUUACAUUUGGUGUAUUAGAAGCGAUAAAAUUUAAGGAAGUUAACAAACACUUUGGACUCACUCGAAACCAAAAAGUAGAGUAUGUGAUUUUACAUAAUCUUUUGAUCUCCACAUUCGGGAAUGCAUGGGCUUUCUUCGCGUAGUUAUGACGUUGUUCUUGCUUCGGCCGGCGCAUCGUUUCGGAGGCUUUCGGCGUCGAAUGACAAGAGUCCACAACGGUUUUUAGGAUAGAUCAAUUGACUGCACCAAACUAAAGCUAUAUUGAAAGGUUCUAUAGAUGUUUUAACGUAACAUUCUUUACAAUUAGAGUUAAAAUGGCGAAAUUGUAAUGUUCAAUUAAGUAAUUUUAAAAAGCAAUUUGAUUAAUUGUAGCUUAUACACGACUGAAAUUAGUUUAUGUGAUAAAGGCGAGUGCACACUUAUACUUAACAUAAAAUCUUUUCGAGUAUUGUUGCCUUCAUUAUUCGUGUGCCUCACCUUUAAUGUGUUAUCCCUAAAGCGCAGUAGUUAAUUAUCGUAGUAAUUCAGUGACCUCGAAUACCCACGAACUCAGGGCGCUUCCAUUUAAGAUCUCAUGUUGUGACUUAUUUCUAUUUGAGCCCUGAGUUAACAUGACGUAAAGUAGUAAUAAACUGUUAUUAAAAUUAAUGUCAAAUUUUUAAGUACUUAGUUGUGUCUUUGAAGUUACUUUUUCGUGUAAAAUGUACUUUUUCUCAGUACAAAUUGUUUUAAAUUGUUUUGUGUCUAUAAUGUGAAAAAGUGUAAACUCUUUGCAAAAUUCGACUAGAAACAAUUCGUUUCUUCUUUUAGAAAGGCACUACACUAACUUUAGUUUUUAUAGAGCAUAGAUUCUGUUAUUGACAUUUAUAAAAACUGAAGAUAGAUCGAUUCACAUGUUCACAAUCUCCAGUUAGUUUAUCUUUUACCAUCCUUAGCGAAUGAAACUACUAAACUAAGUUUUAUCCUUAUAUUUUCGCCAAAUUUGAGUAGUCAACAAUGAAAUUGUCUAUGGAUGCCACGUUUGGUAGUUUUGUUCUACCAAGGAUUAAAGAUAAACUGACUGAGAAAUAGUGAUAAUGUGAAAUCGAGUCUACACAUUUUUGAAGAGUUGUAACUCAUUAAUUUCCUUAUUAUAGUCUUAGUUAUUAAAACAUUUGUACGCUUUUAAGAUCUAUCUUUUAGAAACCGUUUGUGUAAUUUUAACAAUUUGAAUGGUGUUAUCGAAUUUAUGUCGGUAGGUUAGUGAGCGUGUAUCAAAAUUUAAGAUAAAAUUUAAUAAUUCGGCUGCCUUGUCUCCGUACGGUUUUGUUGAUAAUGUUAUGGAGUGUUUAAAAUCAUAAUAGCAAGUAACAAUAAAAUGAGAAUUCAAAAAACCAA